UAUAUAUAUAGAGAGAUAUAUACUCAUCCUAGAGGCUUGAGUAUGUUUCAUGAGAUGUAACUAAAACCUGUAAGAUUUGCUCAACACGUUUGUUUAAAAGGUCUUUUGCCUGUUUUCCCCUACUUUUUGCAGUGGUUGUAAGUCAAAUUAAAAGUUUUUUGUGUUUACUUUAGCUGUUUCUUUCUGGUUAGAUUUAGGGUUUUUAUAGGUCCCCUGUUAAGUGCCAGCCUCAGUUCAGGUGGGAACUGUCUGCUGCAACUGCUUUAAAAGUGAAUUUAAGUUUGUCAUGUUUCCUUGUUCUGCCACAGAGCCUUGUAGCUGGAUUGCUGGAUUUUGUUUAUUGUUGCCGUUCAAUGCACUGUUGUUGUGCUAGGAUGUAUUUUCUUAUGAACAUGGGAGUUGUAGUCACAUUAGUGUGGAAAUAAAACAGAUUUAGUUCAUUUCUAGCAGGCUUCAGAAAGGAGGAAGGAGGUGGAACCUCACUAUCUCAAACUACUGUGCAUUGCUGAAGCACUUCACUGGAACUCUUGUCCAAGAAGCAUAUUUGCAAGCCUUUGGGUGUAUUCUGUGUGAUAUGAUGAGGCCAGAUUUCAGUUUCCAGACAAACUUUCAGUCUCUUCAUGUCCUGCCACCUUGUCUUCUACUGCGCGUGGAGAGGCCAUUGAUGCCAUUCUGAUGUACAGCCAAAAUGUGGAAGAACUUCUGAGGCGCAGGAAAGUCUGCAGGGAAAUCAUCUUCAAGUAUUUGGCAGCACAGGGAGUCGCGGUGCCUCCCUCCUCGGAGAAGCACGUCCUGAUCGAGCGUGUGAGGCAGCUCUGGAGCAGGCAGCUCACGGCUCCAGCCCCGGAGCCCGGGCACAGAAAACCUCCUGUGCAGAGUCAUGGAAGUGGGCAGAAGUCUCCACAAGAUGAGAUUGGUGGUCUAGGAGGAGAAUUCUGCCAGUGGUACUUUGAACUCCUGAACUCUCAGCACCCUUUGGGAGUAAAAUCUGCAGCAACAUGGGGACCACAGCAUUUUUGGGAGGAUGCCAAACUGAAGUUCUGUUACAACACUUUGGAAAAAAACGUGGAACAAUAUGUGGGUGCAGACAUGGUGAGCCUGCGCCUGCUGUCCUUGGUUAAAGAAGAAUGUCUCCUCUUCAACCCAAAUUUGCGUUCCAGUGGCCUGAAAUGUGCCAUGUCCCCUCAUGGAUUGAUGCUGGUGGCAGUGGCUGGCACAGUGCACAGGGACAACGCUUGUUUGGGUGUCUUUGAGCAAAUCUUUGGGCUCAUCAGCUGCCCCGUGAGGAAUAACACCUGGAAAAUAAAACUGGUGAACCUUAAGAUAGUAGGGCAGAACACUCUGGAGCCUGGGAUGCGAAUGGAAGAACCUUCCAUAAAAUAUGAGUCAAGCCAACUGAGAGAGUUCUAUGAUGGACAUGAACUGAAUGUGUUUGAACCUUGAACUUCUGAGCAUUUUGUCACAGCUGGGUGAGGGGCUGGGUUCUUGUUGCCAUACAGUUUCCCUUCUCUGAGUAAGAGUUGCUGAGUGGCAAGCUGAGAUACAGGGUAUUAACACAGGUGAUGCUUGUGGGCACUUUCCAAGAGCUAGCAAAUAUUUCAUGGGCAUUCCUUCAGGUUUUGCACUAUGUUUCAUGGAGUGGAGUUCGGUGCUUCAUGGUUGUAUUGAAAUAUGGAUUGGCAGCCAUGUGUAAUGAGGGGUUCACAAACUGCAAAUUCUCUUCAGGACACCAGUUGAAACUCUUACCUGAGCUGUAGCAGGAAAUCAUUGCAUCUGGCUUUUGAAAUUGAGGAGGUCUUAAAUGUCUAAAUGGACAUCUGAGUCCCAAGUAAACCAGUAGAAAACCCAAAACAAAACACUGUGAUUUGAAGCAGCUGCUGUGGGUGUUCUAAAUGUGCUUUAAUGGGACAAUGCAGGGAACUUGGCGCUUUUUUUAACUUCUUUGCCUUGAUUUCUUCCUGUCCUUUCACCUUAUGGUUCCAAUUUUGUCGUGACUACACACAAGUUGUGCUGUCUGUGUCCCCAAGCAGACAAACUUGAGAUGGUUGCCCAUUUCUAGCACUGAUUGUCUUGGAUCAAUAACUUGAUUUGAAAAUUUGCGGCAACAUUGUAUGAACUAAAUGCUCUGAUAGUUAUUUUGGAUAUAAUUACAACAGAGUUUUUAAUAUAAUAGUUGUGAUUUUUGUAUGUUUUCUCAAAAAAAGUAUUUUGUUUACUCUUAGCUGCUUUAUUACAGGUACUGAAAGUUUAUUUGUUACCACUGUGUGGUUACAAUGAUAGGUCAUGCUAAGAAAAGUAUCCAAUUACUACUGAAUAACUGAAAUUAUUGCCAGUGUAAAACUUGAUUUUUUUAUACUCUAUUUAUUUAUAGGGGGUUAGAGGUGAAAACUUCUUUUUCUGCAUCUUGUUUGGAUUGUUUGGGAGUUUGUUUUACUUUUGUGGUUUCAGUAUUUAAAGUUCUGAAAACAUAAACAUUCCCCAUAACUUAGCAGAACCAGAAGAACUGUUCCCAGGUUUGUCUUGGUAAAGUAUGGCUGGGUGAGAGGAAACAAGAAGGUUCAGGUGUGCACAGAACUGAUUCUUGUGAACAGUCUGAAUCUUGCUUUCUCCUUAAAGUAAUUUCUUGUCUAAGCAAAAGUUCAGAUACUGUGUUGGGAUGUUCUUUCUCAAUAAACAGCUGAGUUGUGACUUCUGA